GAGCGGGUGAUGCCAAAACAGACGGAUACGGCCUGAUCUCCAUGCGCACUGAUAGCUGACAAGUCCACACUUCUCUGCACGACAAGCAGCCUAUUUUCAGCGACACCGCCGGCCGGCAGAACCACCCGCCGGAGAAUGGCCGCCCCCGCCCCCGCCCCCGCCGCCGGAAGCAGCCUCCACAGCAAGACCCUCCUCAAGAGCGACCAGCUCUACCAGUACGUGCUGGAGUCCACCGUGUUCCCCCGCGAGCCCGACUGCCUCCGGGAGCUGCGCGUCGCCACCGCCGCCCACCCCAUGGCUCGCAUGGCGGCGUCGCCCGACCAGGUGCAGCUGUUCGGCCUGCUGAUCGAGAUGCUCGGCGCCAGGAACGCCGUCGAGGUCGGCGUCUUCACCGGCUACUCGCUGCUCGCCACCGCCCUCGCGCUCCCCGACGACGGCAAGGUCGUGGCCAUCGACGUCACGCGCGAGAGCUACGACGAGAUAGGGGCGCCGGUGGUGGAGAAGGCCGGGAUGGCGCACAAGGUCGACUUCCGCGUCGGGCUCGCGCUGCCGAUGCUGGACCAGCUGGUCGCCGAGGAUGGCAACCUGGGCAAGUUCGACUUUGCGUUCGUGGACGCGGACAAGGCCAACUUCCACCACUACCACGAGCGGCUGCUGCGGCUGGUCAGGGUCGGGGGCCUCAUCGCCUACGACAACACGCUCUGGGGCGGCUCCGUGGCCGCGCCGGACGACGAGGCGCUGUCGGAGCGCGACCGGGAGCUGGCGGGGAUCGCCAGGGGGUUCAACGCGGCGCUCACCGGCGACCGCCGCGUCCAGGUCUGCCAGCUCGCCAUCUCCGACGGGGUCAUGCUGUGCCGCCGCGUCGCCUGACCCGUCGGCACGUACCUGCGGCGGAUCGAUCGAUGCCGAUGUUGAUGCUCGGUUGGUGCCGGUCGGCACGAUUGUUCUGGAUCCCUAAUAAUAAGUACCUUGGAUCUUGCAAACUUGCAAUAGACUGAACUGGUCUGAACAACAGUAUUACUUGGUUGGUGACUUGAUGUGACUGAUAUGCACAAAUGUCGUGAUUCCGUCU